AUGGCCAACCUUCGAAAAACUCACCCCAUUCUCAAAAUUGCCAACGAUGCCCUUGUAGACCUACCUGCACCAUCAAAUAUUUCUGUAUGAUGAAAUUUUGGGUCCUUAUUAGGACUAUGCUUGGGCGCUCAAAUCCUCACAGGAUUAUUUUUAGCAAUGCAUUACACCUCAGAUAUUGCAACCGCAUUUUCUUCAGUAACACAUAUCUGCCGAGACGUUAACUACGGUUGAUUAAUUCGCAAUAUACAUGCUAAUGGAGCAUCAUUCUUUUUCAUUUGUAUUUAUUUACACAUCGCACGAGGGCUUUAUUACGGAUCAUACUUAUAUAAAGAAACUUGAAACGUUGGAGUUGUACUAUUACUUCUUGUAAUAGCCACUGCAUUCGUAGGAUAUGUGUUACCUUGAGGACAAAUAUCCUUCUGAGGAGCCACAGUUAUUACCAACCUAAUAUCUGCCGUACCAUAUAUCGGCAAUGAUUUAGUCCAAUGAGUAUGAGGAGGGUUUUCCGUAGAUAAUGCUACCUUAACCCGAUUUUUCGCAUUCCACUUUUUACUCCCAUUUAUUGUAGCAGCCGCAUCAAUAGUUCACUUACUAUUCCUCCAUGAAACAGGCUCAAAUAACCCUGCAGGUAUUAACUCCGAUGCAGAUAAAAUCUCCUUCCACCCUUAUUUCUCAUAUAAAGACUUACUAGGAUUUGCCGCCCUCCUUAUUGCCCUUACAUCGAUUGCCUUAUUUACCCCAAACAUCUUAGGGGAUCCUGACAAUUUCACACCAGCCAACCCACUAGUAACUCCGCCUCAUAUUAAACCCGAAUGAUAUUUCCUAUUCGCCUAUGCUAUCCUUCGAUCAAUUCCAAACAAACUAGGAGGUGUACUAGCCUUAUUAUUCUCAAUUUUAGUAUUAAUACUAGUUCCAAUUCUUCAUACAUCCAAACAACGAGGACUCACCUUCCGACCCUUUGGCCAACUUAUAUUCUGAGCAUUAGUUGCAGAUAUAAUCAUCUUAACAUGGAUUGGGGGAAUGCCUGUAGAACCCCCCUACAUUCUAAUCGGCCAACUAGCGUCUGUUAUCUACUUCCUUAUCUUUUUAGCAGCUUUACCUUUAUCAGGUUGAGCAGAAAAUAAAGUUCUUAAAUGAAAUU